CAGUCUGCCUCCGACCGUCGCACGUGCACCCAGUGUCCGUCGCGCCUUUCCGUGUGCGUGUGUUUACAAUCCCGCGUUGAAGUUCAGUGUGAUGUAUUAAAGGGUUUCCAGCUCGGUGGCGACGAUGAAGUUCAGUUUGGUUCUAUGUUCGUACGUCGUGCAGUCGGUGGUGUUCGCCCUGCAGCACGGCACGAGGGUCACGGACAUGGAGGACACGAUACCGCACCACCACAAGUGCCAGCCCAUCAGCGUGCCCUUCUGCCACCAGAUCCCCUAUAACCAGACCAUCAUGCCGAACCUGCUCGGCCACCAGACGCAAGAGGAGGCCGGCCUGGAGGUGCACCAGUACUUCCCGCUCGUCAAGAUCAACUGCAGCGGCGACUUGCAGUUCUUCUUGUGCUCCGUGUUCUUGCCGGUGUGCACGAUCCUGGAGAACCCGCUGCCGCCGUGCCGCAGCCUCUGUCUGUCGGCCAAGACGGGCUGCGAGAGUCUGAUGCAGAAGUUCGGAUUCAAUUGGCCGGAGACCUUAAACUGCGACAACUAUCCGGAGAAGGUUUCGGCGGACACCUUGUGCGUCGGACAGGACAACAACAUCUCCGUGUCGCCGACUCCGCCGUCCGGCUACAACAUGCACUCGAUCGCGCCCAAACACAAGAACCCCUACGGUAGGGACUUCGGAUUUGUGUGUCCGGAACAGUUCAAGGUGCCCGAAAUCCUGGAGUACUCCUUCAGAGUCGGCGAGAAGACGGAGAAACACUGCGGGGCGCCGUGCAACAUGAUGUUCUUCAACGAAAGCAAACGCCAGAUUUCCAGAGUUUGGAUCGGAACGUGGGCGAUUUUGUGCGCCGCCAGCUGUUUGUUUACUGUGUGCACUUUUCUGAUAGACACCGACCGAUUUCGGUAUCCGGAACGUCCGAUAAUCUUCCUGUCGGUUUGCUACCUCAUGGUGGCGACCGCCUAUGUCAUUGGCUUCGUUACUGGCGACUCCAUAGCUUGCAGGGAGCCCUUCCAUUCGAAACACGGAAUAUUAACAGUGAGCACCAUAACGCAGGGCACUAAAUAUGAGUUGUGCACGAUUUUGUUCAUGGUACUGUACUUCUUUAGCAUGGCCUCGAGCAUUUGGUGGGUCGUUUUGACUUUGACGUGGUUUCUGGCCGCCGGUUUAAAAUGGGGCCACGAGGCCAUCGAGGCGAACUCCCAGUACUUCCAUCUGGCUGCCUGGGCCAUUCCUGCCGUGAAGACCAUCACCAUUUUGGCCAUGGGAAAAGUUGACGGGGACAUUCUGAGCGGUGUGUGCUACGUGGGCAUAUGGAACGUGGAGGCGAUGCGCAUCUUCGUCCUGAUUCCCCUCUGCGUUUACCUGGUCUUCGGCACCGUCUUCCUGGCGUCCGGCUUCGUCUCCCUGUACCGCAUCCGCACCGUGAUGAAACACGACGGCACCAAAACCGACAAGCUCGAAAAACUGAUGAUCAGAAUCCUCGUCUUCUCCGUCCUCUACACCGUUCCCGCCCUGGUUGUGAUCUCCUGCCUGUUCUACGAACACUUCUUCUUCGACGACUGGAUGAUCACGUGGCUGGGCGACAUCUGCAAGAACCCAAACUACUCGAUUCCGUGUCCGAAGAAGGUGCACGGGAAGUACCACCCGAGGUUCGAAGUAUUCAUGAUCAAGUACUUGAUGACGAUGAUCGUGGGCAUCACCUCCAGCGUGUGGAUCUGGUCCGGCAAAACUGUGCACAGUUGGAAGGUGUUCUUCAACAGGCUAAAAGGCAGACAUGCCGAGGCCUACGUUUAAAUUUCUCGUGUACCUGCGUACGAAUUGUUUUUUUUUUUUUUUUGUUUGUUUGACGAGAUUGCGGUGGAAUCUACCUCCUUAAAUUAAUCGACAGAAGUGAAACCUUGAAGUAUUAUCGUGUCCAAAAAUAGGGAAACAUGCAGAGAGUGCCAGUUUUAAGAUUUUGAUGUGGAGAAAUGUGAAAUCUUGGCACUCUGUGCGAAUUAGUGAAUACUUUAUUUUUACUCUUCUGACUUCCUCUGAAUGAUGCACAAAUUUUUGUCGUGUGAGAAAUUGACGAUAUUUUUAAAUACUGUUCAAAACCAAAUAUAUUUUUAAUAUCCUACUUUUAUAUGCUAGUUUAGUGAUUUUUUGUAAUUGUUUUCAUAUAAUUGUUGUUUACCACUUAUUCUGCAAUACCUAUUUAAAAGUAAACUAACUUUUUGAUCUACAACAUUCUUCCUACAUCACGCAGCAGCUUUAUUUGUUCUAUUGUAAUGUAGUGUAAAUUGUAUUUUGUAUAUAUUGUAUAUAUUUGUAUAAUUUUAAGCUUUGACUGAAGUUUUAUAAAAUUAACUUUUGUAAAUUUAUAUUAUACUAACUUUAAAAACUGUCCACAAGACACGUUUUUAGAACGGCGUGAAAAUGCUCAAAAACUUCAUUGUGUGAUAGGCAAAUCGUGUUAAUUAUUUGUUGCUGUCAAUUAUAUAUAAAAAAUAUUUAUUGUAAAAAUAAAUUUGUAUUGAAUUUACUCGUCGUCCAAUGAAGCUUCAAAAUAAAUGUCUAAUAUUUUAUAUUUAAUGAAUUAAUUACACUAAAUUAGCUACACGAGAUAUGUACUAGUUUAUGUGUAGUUGAAUCUGGUCAUAGUAUUUAUAUUAUAAAGCAUUUUGUAAUAUGUUUUGUAUAAUACUUU